AUGCGCGUCCCGUCCCCGCUUGUCCUUCGGAGCCUGGGCUCAACCCGAGCUGUGCGCCGCAGCCAACCUGCUCCUCUUCUCAGCUUCUCGGCUCGAACGAUUGCCAGCUACACACAUCCUCACCAUGCAUCCGCACUAUCUGUCCUCCCCACUGCCGUGGACACCUCGUCGUCCGAGUACCGUGAAAACAGCCAGCAGAUGCAGGAGCUCCUGGAUCGGAUGAGCAGCCUGCACACGAAAAUCGCACAGGGAGGGUCUGAAAAGGCGCGUGAAAAGCACAUCGCACGCGGCAAGAUGCUGCCACGGGACCGCAUAUCUUCCCUGAUCGAUCCCGGCACGUCCUUCCUAGAAUUGUCCCCGCUCGCCGGCCACGAAGUCUACGAAGGCGAGGAUGUGCCCGCUGGUGGCAUUAUCACGGGUAUCGGCACAGUCGAAGGCGUCAACUGCAUGAUCGUGGCCAACGAUAGCACCGUCAAGGGGGGCACGUAUUACCCGAUUACCGUCAAGAAACACCUGCGCGCCCAGGCAGUGGCCCAGGAGAAUCGCUUGCCCUGCAUCUACCUCGUCGAUUCAGGCGGUGCCAACCUGCCUCACCAGGCAGAUGUCUUCCCAGAUCGGGACCAUUUCGGGCGUAUCUUCUACAACCAGGCCCGCAUGAGUUCCCUCGGGAUUCCUCAGCUGUCUGUUGUUAUGGGUCCCUGCACCGCCGGUGGCGCCUAUGUGCCCGCUAUGAGCGAUGAAACCAUUAUUGUCGAGAACCAGGGCACUAUCUUCCUCGCCGGCCCACCGCUCGUCAAGGCCGCCACGGGAGAAGUGGUUUCGGCCGAGGACCUGGGCGGCGGUCAGCUGCAUUCGACCAUCUCCGGCGUGACCGACUACCUCGCCGUGGACGAUGCCCACGCCAUAGUGCUCGCCAGACGCUCCGUCGCCAACCUCAACUAUCCUGCCACGCGAGGACCCCUGCAGUUAGAGAGUGCCAACACCGACAACCUCGUCAUCAAAGAGCCCCUCUACGACCCAGCCGAGCUAAACGGCAUCGUCGGCACGAACCUGCGCCGCCAGAUCCCCGCGCACGAGGUGAUCGCGCGCAUUGUGGACGGCAGCGAGUUCGCCGAGUUCAAGCGCGAUUACGGCACAACCCUGGUGACGGGCUUUGCGCGCAUUCAGGGUCACCGUGUCGGCAUCGUCGCCAACAAUGGGAUCUUGUUCUCUGAGUCCUCGCUCAAGGGCGCCCACUUCAUCGAGCUGUGUGCCCAACGCCGCAUCCCUCUCGUGUUCCUGCAGAACAUCUCGGGUUUCAUGGUCGGUGCCGAUGCAGAGAAGGGCGGGAUCGCAAAGAACGGAGCUAAGCUGGUUACGGCUGUUGCCUGUGCGGAUGUGCCCAAGUUCACUGUCGUGUUUGGAUCGAGUGCUGGUGCUGGCAAUUACGGGAUGUGUGGCCGUGCCUACUCUCCCCGCCUCCUCUUCAUGUGGCCCAACGCCAAAAUCGGCGUGAUGGGCUCCGAGCAGCUCUCGGCCGUCAUGGAAGCUGUCGGCCGCUCCGCCGACCCAGCUCUCAAAGCCCGCAUCGACCAUGAGUCCGAGGCGAUAUUCUCCUCUGCCCGCCUAUGGGAUGACGGUGUCAUUCCACCGGCCCAAACGAGGAAUAUGCUCGGAUUGGGACUGGCAGCUGCUCUGGGCGGAAAGGCCGAGCCGGACGUGCAGACCCGGUUCGGUGUAUUCCGCAUGUGA